UUGUGUGUUUCGUGUAAGAUGAGCUCGUACGUAGCAAACAACAUUUUCAAGGAGCACACGCACGAGGCAUCCUCCUUUAACACCAUGAAUAGUUUUGGCAGUUAUGGCUCUCUCUCUUCCCUCCAUCAAGCCAAUUAUGCCUAUAACGGAGGUCUUCAUUUCAACGGAACAUUCACCUCCUCUGAUUCCACUGCGAACUCUCUGAAACUAGAAGAGAUGGAAACUAGCCUGCGAGGCAAUACGGACACUCAACCUCCACCACGACUACAGUCUUGCUCAGCUGCGAGCUCCCGGAACUCCGUGCAAAACUGCCUUCGUGAUGGGAUACUGAGCAAAGGAACUGGAAGGCCAAUGGAAGUGGUCGAAAACCCUAUGACUGAAGAAAACGCAAUCAAAGUCGAAACUAUGCAACCUGUGAAAUGUCAAAACCAUUCGAAGAAGCACCAAGACAGUCAACAGCAACCGCAGAUUUUUCCCUGGAUGACAAAACUACACAUGAGCCACGAAUCAUCUGACGGUAAACGCUCUCGAACCAGUUACACCCGCUACCAGACUCUGGAGUUGGAGAAAGACUUCCAUUUCAACCACUACCUCACCCGUCGCAGGCGCAUUGAGCUCGCCAAUUCCCUCUGUCUGAACGAGAGGCAAAUAAAAAUUUGGUUCCAGAAUCGACGUAUGAAGUGGAAGAAGGAUUCGAAACUGAAAUUAAAGGACUCAAUAUAAACAUGGAGUUGAUGACUGAUCUGGAGACGAACUGCUAAGAGAAGUACUCAGAGGGAGACCAUUAUUCGAAACGUGAAGGCCGUUUUCAUAAAUCAGCACUUGUGUUACGGACUAUUACAUUAUUAGCAUAUUACGUGUUUGUAACUUUACAUGUGGACUUUUAUUCUUUGCUUGAUGGAUGUAAAAAUGGAAGGAAAAUAUUGAACAAAAAUAUAGUCAUGUGUUGUCUAAAUGUAAAGAUUGUGU